CGAUACAUAUAAUAACAGUAGUCUUAUUCGUAAAUACCAAUGAACCAAAAAUAUUAUUAGGACAACGAUUUGAUAGUAAACAAGCAUUUUAUUUACAUUUCGAUGGAGUAACAACAUCUCAACUACCAGAAGCUUUCCCCGAAACAACUGCAGUAAUGGAAACACAAACAGUACUAAACAAAUUAAUCGCACAAGAAUACCUACUAGAAGCGACUAUAACCAA